AUGACCGACACGUGUAUUCUGUCCUCCCCGGGCCAGGAGGGUGCCCUUUGCUUCGGUGACUCCCCCGCAGCCCCCAGCACGACGCUGUCCGGGGCUCAGGGGCAUACCUGCCGAGGCCCUGGGGCGGGCCCCGCUGUGCCCCCAGGGGGAACGCACGUCGUCUGUGGCGGGGGACAGCGGCCCUCGGAGCACCCGGGGAUCUGCGAGCCGCUCGGGGUGGACCCCGUCUGCACCGCCGCUCAACUCAGCCUGGGCGUGCGGCCUCCGGGGCUGGCGGCUGCCUCCGCCUCUCUGUCCCCCAGGCCACCCCCCAGUUCCACUCCCCGGUCCAACCACAGCGCCGAGGCCAAGUGCGUGGCACGCAGCCUCCAGGGUCCCUGCUCCCUGCUCCCGAAGAUGCCCCAGGGAGCAUUAACCCGCUGCCCCACAGCCACAGCCAGAGGCAGAGCCAGAGAGCCACGCUGUCCUCAUGGGGCGCCCUGGGCCGAGGACCUCCGCUGUGGGGCCCGGGGAAACACCGCCCCCCAGGAGUGCUGA